UCAUCAUGUUGAUGACGUCAGCACAAGUCAAGCCCAGGAAUGAAUAGUAGCGGUAAAGGCAGGAUCUGAGUCAACCUUUCGGGCGAAAAUCGCCGUCGUUUUCCUCUUCUUUUUGACGUUUUAUGGGUUCCUGACCAAGCUACAAGCCAUGGCCAGAGAUACAGAAGUGAGCUGCUUGGUCAAGUACCUGGUUUUUGGCUUCAACGUGAUAUUUUGGUUGGCAGGAGGCUUCAUUCUGGGCAUAGGACUCUGGGCAUGGUUUGAAAAGGGCACGUUUGACAACAUUGCGAAGGUGGCUAAUGUCCCUGUGGACCCUGUGCUCAUCUUCGUGGUGGUGGGUGCCAUCAUGUUCAUCCUGGGCUUCUCCGGCUGUGUCGGGGCGCUCAGGGAAAACAUCAUCCUGCUCAGAUUUUUUUCUGUGGUUCUCGGCAUCAUCUUUUUUGUGGAGUUGGCUGUGGGCGUGUUGGGCUUUGUGUACAAGGACUGGUUCAGGCAGCAGCUGGACAACUUCAUCCAGGCAAACAUCAUCCACUACAGGGAUGACCCUGACCUGCAGAACAUCAUCGACUUUGUCCAGUCCUAUUUCCAGUGCUGUGGAGGGAAGGACUUCAACGACUGGGAAAACAACAUCUAUUUCAACUGCACACUGAAGGCCCGCGGGUCCAGAGAGGCCUGUGGGGUCCCCUUCUCAUGCUGCAAGGACCAAGGGAACAACAACGUCCUCAACACCCAGUGUGGAUAUGACGUCAGGGAAGAGGAAACAAACCCGAGUGCACGAGCCUUAGCCAUCUACACAAAAGGUUGUGUGCCUCAGUUUGAAGCCUGGCUGCAAGACAAUUUGUUUGUGGUGGCAGGAGUGGCCAUAGGAAUAGCACUGCUACAGAUCCUGGGAAUCUGUUUUGCAAACAGCCUCAUCAGCGACAUCCAGGCACAGAAGUCACGCUGGCAGUUCCGCAGGUAGACCGUCAGGUCACAGGUCAUCCAGCCACCUUUAACCCUCGGGAAGAGACCAUCACAUCACGGGGGUGGAAAAGAAUCUACUUUUAUGUGACGAUUCAGUGUAAAAUAUCUAACAUUUAAGGAUCAUUGGAUAUAUCUGAACAAAUUGGACAUUUUUUUACCAAUUACAGGACCAGGAACGUAUGGCUUGAAACCUAAACUAGUGGUGAAUCAAACAGAUUAUUGUUAUGUAUGUCCCCUUCCUGAGUGAUGCAAGAUAUCAUAAACAAGGUUGAAAAUGAUAAUGAUACAGUGUCUUACUUUACACCAACAUUCUGAAAGUAUUUUAAUAUUCUCCCAGAAAAAGUGUAACACAGGCCAUGACCUUAUCCAUUGGGAUACAUGUAUGAGGACCUAUUUCAUUAUUAAGAAGUGGAACGAGCCACAACAGCAUUUUUUAAAUGAUUUUCAAAUUUGUCUUUAAUACAUGCUUUAAUACCACGAAUUAAAUUGUAGUCAAAGAGAUUCAAUGCAUGCAAAUGUAA